CGUUUGCAAGUAAUAAAACGCUUUGCCGACAGACCUUGCGAGCUGUCAUAUGCGCAAAAGCCUAGGGACCGUUUUUGCUAGGGGUACUUACUAUUGCGUUGGAGGUGCACGGCGGGGUACCAAAUCUUGCAGCCCAUCCCUUGCUAGUAAAGCGCCUUCGCGAGCCUGCGCAGCGAGCAUGGCCUCGGUUGCGCAAAAACCCGCCAAACGGGCCAAGACCAUCGACGCCUUCUUCGCGGCAAAGCCUUUAAAGCCCAGCCUGGGCGUUGCGCCACGGGUCACCGUCCAGGUCCAUUGCAUGACCUCCGAUGCCGCGGGAGAUGUAGAUCCCGAUAGCGCUGCCGCUGUCGAGGACGCCAGGCCACUGCCGGCGCCGGCGGCAGACGCGGCGGCAGCGGCAGGUGGUGUCGCCGCCGCCUCGGCCUCGCCGCGUAAACGCCGUGCCAGCAGCGGCUCCGCGGACUCCCCCAGGAAGCGGUCAGGGGCUGAGGCAGCGGCGCAAGAUGCGGGCGCGGCAUCGGAGCCCGCGGUGGGGCCGGAGGGGGCAGCUGGGCAGCAGGCGGCAGGGUCGGGGCCGGCUGCUGCUGCUGCCGCUGCCGCUACCGCUGUUGCUGGUGAUGAGCUGCCGGGGGCGGAGGCCGCCGCUGUGGCCGACGGACUGACGCCGGCGCAGCGCGCCCAGAGUUUAAAACACACACAGAUCGCCGCCAACCGCAACCGGGCGCUGGCCCGCCGCGCCGCCGCCGAGGCCGCCCAGCCCGGCGCCCCGCCGCUGCGGCUGUCGUCCCUGCUUGUGGAGCCCAGCUGGCGCCUGGCCCUGGCGCCGCAGCUGGGGCUACCAGAGGCGGCGGCUGGGGGUGACGGCGGCGGCGGCGGCGGCGGCAGGGCUGCUGGCAGCUCCUCGGCUCCGGCUCCGGGCUCGCUGUCUGUGCUGGAGCCGUUCCUGGCUGCGGAGUGGGGUCCGGGCCGCAAGCGCGUGUUCCCGCCCCAGCCCGACAUCUUUGCCGCCUUCAACGCCUGCCCCUUCGACCAGGUCCGGGUGGUGAUCCUGGGGCAGGACCCCUACCACGGCGAGGGCCAGGCCAUGGGGCUGUCCUUCUCGGUGCCUCGCAGCUGCCGGCCGCUGCCGCCCUCGCUGCUCAACAUCUACAAGGAGGCGCAGGCGGACCUGGGCUGGGCCGACCGGCCGCAGCACGGCGACCUCACCAGCUGGAGCGUGCAGGGCGUGUUGCUGCUCAACACCUGCCUCACGGUGCGCCAGGGGGAGGCCAACAGCCACGCCAAGCGCGGCUGGGAGCCCUUCAGCGACGCCGCCAUCCGGGCGCUGUCGCAGCGGCGGCGCGGGCUGGUGUUCCUGCUGUGGGGCAAGCCCGCGCAGACCAAGGCCGCGCUGGUGGACCGCUCCAAGCACCACGUGUUGGAGGCCGCCCACCCCAGCCCGCUGUCCGCCUCGCGCGGCUUCUUCGGCUGCCGCCACUUCAGCGCCGCCAACAAGCUGCUGGCGGCGCAGGGGCUCGAACCCAUCGAGUGGCGGCCCACGUGAGGGGGGCGGGGGGCGGCGGCAGGAGUGCGGCGGCGGCAGUAUGGCGGCGGGAAUGAGGCGGUGGAGGUGAGGCGGUGUGGUGCAGUGGGGGGGUGGUGGAGUGGAAUGGGGCACAUACGGUGCAGGCGCCGUGGAGGUGCCGUGCAGACCCGCCGCCCCCCCCCCCCCCACACACACAUCUGCCGGCACAUGGCAGGAGUGUGGUGAAGAGCACAAGGAAGGCAUAGCGCAAAGACAGUGUAUGCGAUGCAGCAAAGCGACGGUUUACCUAACAACAAUCUUACCAGGCAGGAGUGUGUGUGGAGCAGAUGCUGGCCUGGGGUUGGUGUUGGUGUUGGCACGGGCGGGGUGUCGGAACCAAAAGGAGGCAGGCGUGGCACACGUGGGUUGGGGCGGGGCCUGGGGCUCCGGGCUCCAGUGCUGAGUGAGUGGUUGGAUGGCCGCGCGCGUCUGUGUGUGUGUGUGUGUGUGUGUGUGUGUGUGUGUGCGCUUGAUCGAUUGCGGUGGUGUGUAUCCUGGUGUGUGUGUGUGUGUGUGUGUGUGUGUGUGUGUGUGUGUGUGUGUGUGUGUGUGUGUGUGUGUGUGUGUGUGUGUGUGUGUGUGUGUGUGUGUGUGUGUGUGUGUGUGUGUGUGUGUGUGUGUGCUACGUCGCGUGGGCAGCCGCCCAGCAGCCGUCCAGCAGAUGCAUCAUGCAGCAGGGGGCAGGCGCAGGUGUAGGCAGGUGCAGGGCCGGAGCAGGGGAUGGUGGCGGACAGGUCCCGGGACGAGGGGGGGGCGCAGCGGGUGUGCUGUCGGGGGCAGAGGUGUUGUGCCACUCCUUUCACUCCUUUCACUGCCACCGUUUGCCCGGUACGUGUCCCGUACGACGUCGGUGCACAGUGCAAGGGCGGUCAGGGCGCCGCAGAGUGCAGACGGGAGGGCUGCAGGUGGCUGAGGCGACACGAGUCUUGUGGAAUGGUUGAGACUUGGUAAAUGCGGCGGACAGUACAGUCGGGGCGAGAGGCCGGACGCGAGCACACGGGCUCUGCUGUGCACAUUGCGGGAGGGCGCACGUGCGCGCCCGCUUAGUGAGUCGCGUUGGUUGUGGUAAAGAGCCGCCAGUGCUGCCCCCAGCCACAGCCGUGUGCACGGUCGAGCCGCGUUCGUGGCUGCGCUUAGGCAUGGCCAGGCCUGGCAUCGAGUGCUGGUUUGGUUGAGGUCGUGGCCGUGGGAGGCUGCGAAAGUCGCGGGUGUAGUGUCGUGCGUGUCGCGCGCGUGAUAUCUUACAAAACG